UUGCCAGGAAUCCGAGACUGGCACCACUGGCACAGAAGCACACCUGGAUCCCCACAAGAGGGCCAAAAGACAAUCUGUGUCAGGUGUACCGUCAGUCAUUGGGCCUUGUAGAGAAGGCAAAGACGGAAGGGACGGAAGAGAUGGCAGAGAUGGAACGCCUGGUGCACAGGGUCCACCCGGAUGUUGCCACGACAAUGGUAGUUGUGGCUUACCGGGUCCUCCUGGACCAGAGGGGCCCCCUGGACUACCUGGAUCAGUGAAUCAAUCAAGCACAGACUACUAUAACUACUAUGAUGAAAUGGCACAGAGCAUCUGCACAGCAGCCACCAACCAACCAUCAUUCAUCUUCGCCAUCCGUCGGGACUGCAGAUCUAACGGGGAUGGUCUGACGUGCAACGCCAUGUGCACAUCUCGCAGAGCAGCAAUGAUAGCAGCUGUCGGCAACCAGGGAAGCACCUCAGCAUGCAUUGAUGCCAUAACUUUGUACAAGAAUCGGCCAGUCCUUUCACCUGACCACCAGGCUGGCGCUGGAAAGAUUGGCCUUGCAGCGUACCACUACUUCAGUGGUGGCUGUACCUGGAGGGCUAACCACUGCGGACCCAACUACUGUUGCUGCCGUCUUCUGCCCUGACAUCUCACUCAGAUCAGACAUGAGCAAACCCAUAUCAAACAACUUGCCUUUUUAAAUUAUCUUUCAGACUUUCUCUGUUUUUUUUUGUAUCAAGAAAUCUUAACACUUAAAAGAAUUAAACACUUCCCUUGUUGUAUGAUACUAUGCAGAAUCAGCCAAGACAACUUUGGCAGGAAAUAAAUUUUCCUUUAGUGCACUUCUUUGUUUAUUUGUGAACAUGAUAUCAAGAUAACUGACAUGACCUGUUUGGAGUGCUGUACUAUGAAUAACAGUGUAAAUUCAGUCUAUGAUCAUUUUGCAGUUGUUUCUUUAUUUUUUUAUCAGUUUUAAGUGCUGUACAAUAAACAAUAGUGUGUGUAUGUUGAUGAAAUGUUUUUAAACCCUACCAUUCAGAAGGGCUUAACAAUAACAGGGAGAGUAAACUCAACAAUUCUGA